AUGUCUUUGUCGUGCUUCCUCGCGGUGGGGCAGCAAGACUGCCUCGUCACUAUUGUCGUUCGGAGCUGCGUCUUCUUGAGCUUCGGUUCUCUGGUGGCACUCGUAUGGCUUGGCUGGGACAAUUCUGUAGCGUCGCUGUACGCACUGAGAAAGGUCUUCCAGUCGCCUGCCUCACCGCCUCUACCUUGCACGUCCUUCGAUAACAGAGUUUCGAAUGCUUUGGACAAGGCAAGGGUGGCGCGAUUGCAGCACGUGGCCGACUCGUUGCUGAUACCCAUUUCGGCGGGUAUAUUUGUGCCGUUAGCGAUGUUCAUCAAUGCCGCGGAUGCCUCCGACAGGAGUGUUGCUUUCAAGGCGGUGAUCAUGUGUGUGCGUCAUUUCGCAACGCUGUACUGGAAGUACUUGAGAUGUUCAUCAGGCUUUUCCGUCGCGGACAUAAAGAACAUGUUCAUAUUCUUCAUGUCGUUCAUUGCGGUACGAACGUAUUUUGAAGAGUCACACGUACUGUUCUUCAUGUACGGUGGUUUUUGGAGCGCGGCACGAGUGCUUCUCGCGGUCGGAUUACUUGAUUGCAGGAUGUCGGGGAGGUGGAACAUGUUUCUUUCUGCAGUGACGUGCCUUUCUUCCUGGGAGCGGCGCGAGCAGCUACGCAUCCACGGACACUCUCCCAUGGGCGCGUUCGUCCACCAAUGUAUGGUUGAAUUGGUUACUUGUGGACUUAUCUGCUUUGCCUCAGCAUUCUUGGAGGCUUGUGAGAAGGACCGUGUCAAGGCAUCCAUACAGUCCAGCCAGUCUGGCAGGGCGUAUCAGGCAGCUCAAACACUGCUCGGUGUAUUCUGCGACGCCCAGCUGCGCAUCUGCCCACAAUGUAACAUCAUCGCCCAUUCCCCACACCUGCUGCACUUGCUGGGCUCAGGAGGCACGAGGCACACGCUUCAUGGAUGCAGCUUCCUUCAGUAUUUGCUAGAAACCGACCAGCAGCGCUUCCAGGACUUCAUCUCCGGGGCGACGCUGUUGCAGCAGCGCUCUCAGAACUUCUCGUCCGAGCGCAACGCCGCCUCCAUAGCCGAAGGUCCGAGCUCGAGCGAUUUCUCCAUGGGCCACGCCACCUCCACCCAGGUGUCCCUGCGGAAGGAGGGGUGCGCGCACCCGAUCCCGGUGGAGCUGUUCCUGAUCAACAUCGCCGACGUCCAGGAUGCCCCCGAAUUUCUGAUGGGGAUCCGGGAGACCUGCGAGGCGCUGCCGCGGGAGGCCUGCACGGAUGCCCCUCGUGCCGAGGCGCUGCAGCGGCCAGCGGCGGCCCCUUCGCUGCGCGGGCUGGACCCCGAAGCGGGCCGAGGUGGCGCCGUGCAGUGCCCGAGGGCAGAGCGGCCCGUCCACAAGGUCGGCCGGAAGCCCCGCAGCUCCAUCUCGUCGUCCUCGAGGGCCUCCUCCUCGUCCGCCGGGAGCUGCGCGCCGGACGCGGGCCGUGUCUCGUCCGUGUGCCUGCGGCUGGACUCCAAGAGCAGGGGCCUGCGCGUCGAGGACAUGCUGCUGCGCUUCGAGGGCGGUCGCCGGUCGCCCUGCCUGAAGGAUUGGCUUCCGAAGGAGACCGUGGACGAGGUCCGCAGGAGCAGCCAGGAUCUCGUGAAUCAGAGGGAUUACGGGCCCAGUGGCGAGGAGUUGGUGGCGGGCGUCGGUGCUGGUACGGUGCGGUUCUCCAGUGGCGGGUCCACGUUCCUGCUGGCGGAGCGCGCAGCGCUUGCCGUGGAUGGCUACUUCAUUGACCCACGUGACUCAGGCGAAGAAUCCGAUUACUUCAGUCCGUUCAUAUUCAUGUACCUGUCUGGAGUGUCGAAGCUCCGCGUGCCUUGGCAGAGCGUGCCGCAGAGGGUCUCGAAUAGGCUGCACCCGAUCGACGAGUCACCGACGGAUGCGGCGUAUGGUGGCAGCGCGUCGACACUCAGACGGAGAACCAAUGAGGGGGCUGGAGAGGACUGCCAGGAACGAGAUGGUGCCUAA